AUGGUUGAGAAAGUCUACAUCACCUACAACCAGAUCCACAAACUCUGCCAAGAUGCCGCCCCCCGCAUCCUCGCCGACUUCACCCCCACCCUCAUGAUCGCCAUCGGCGGCGGGGGCUACGUCCCCGCGCGCAUCUUGCGCUCAUUCCUCAAAAAACCCGGAAACCCCAACAUCCCAAUCCAAGCCAUCGGCCUCUCGCUCUACGAAUCCCUCCCCACAGACUCCCAGGUCGAAACCCCGGGCACAAAAGUCACCCGCACGCAAUGGCUCGACCUGUCGUCCCUCGAGAUGGCGAAUCUGAUCGGCAAGAACGUGCUGAUUGUCGAUGAGGUGGAUGAUACGCGGACGACGCUGGAGUAUGCCGUCAAGGAGCUGCAGCAAGAUGUCGCUACGGCCGCGAGGAAUAGUGGACGGGAGGCGGAGAUGGGGAGUACGAAGUUUUCGAUCUUCGUGUUGCAUAACAAGGACAAGGAGAAGAGGGGCGUGCUGCCAAAGGAUAUGAUUGAUGAGAAUCGGUAUCUUGCGGCGAGGACCGUGCCAGACGUGUGGAUUAAUUAUCCGUGGGAGGCGGCUGACAUUGAUGAGCAUGACCGCCUAGCUACCCAGCAGACUAUUCAAUAG